CAUCCUCGUCCAGUCGACCCGACCAGUCCGCCGGAACGGAGCUGAUGGGCCUCAAAGCCGCCGUCUUUCUCUCCGUCCCCGCCGCCGUCACGCCGCUACCUACUACACUCCACCGCCACCACCUCCCCCCCUCCUCCUACUCCUCCUCCAGGGGCAGCAGCGCGUCCGCCUCCCGGAUUUCAGCAGCGGUCAUGGCCACGGCGGUGCAGCCGGCGGUGGUGGUGGGCGGCGGCCGGGUGGGCCAGGCGCUGCUCUCCAUGGGCCCCUCCUCCGGGGACCUACUCCUCCGCCGCGGCGAGGCGCUCCCGCCCGCCGCGCCGGCCGGGCCCAUCCUGGUCUGCACCCGCAACGACGACCUCGACGGCGUGCUGGACGCCACCCCCAAAUCCCGGUGGCCCGACCUGGUCUUCUUCCAGAACGGGAUGCUGGACCCGUGGCUGGAGAGCAAGGGCCUCGCCGGCGCCAACCAGGUGCUCGCCUACUUCGCCGUCUCCAAGCUCGGCGAGCCCCCCGUCGACGGCAUCACCGACGCCAACCCGGAGGGCCUCACCGCCGCCUUGGGCAACUGGGCACCCGCCGUCGCCGCCCGCCUCCAGAACGGAGGCCUCACCUGCAAGGUGCUUGACAAGGACGCCUUCGAGAAGCAAAUGCUGGAGAAGCUCAUCUGGAUUUCAGCCUUCAUGCUCGUCGGAGCUCGCCAUCCAGGGGCCACUGUUGGCGCGGUCGAAAACGAAUACCGAUCCGAGGUAUCCAGCCUCAUUGCUGAACUAGCAUCUGCCGCGGCUGCGGAGCGGGGGCUUUCUUUCGACGACGGCAUGGAAGAGAGGCUCUGCGCCUACUCCAGAGCCGUGGCGCACUUCCCGACCGCUGUCAAAGAGUUCAAGUGGAGGAACGGUUGGUUCUACUCGCUCACCGAGAAGGCCCUCGCGCAAGGGAAGCCUGAUCCAUGCCCGCUCCACACAGCUUGGCUCAAGGAGAUUAAGGUCAUAUAGACAAGGGUUUUUGUUUCAUGUGCAAACAACACGAUGCGGUCUCGGGUUAAAUCUUGAAGCAGUAUUUUAAGUGUUUAACCGUUGAUGUUGUGUAUAGACUAUAGAGUAUAGAGAACUCUCUGCGCAUAUAUCCUCCAUGUACGCCUAUCGAUCGAAAAUAACCUUAUGUAUGUAUGGGAAACACAAGUGCUGUGUAAUUUAUAUUAUUGGCAGCAAGCUUUUA